GCGGGCAAAGCUUCGAUUGCGCUCGGUUCUCGUGAGGGCAGCGUCACAGAAAAGGCCGCAAUGUACUGCCAGGCUCGUCACUCGCUGCACACGCAGCUCACUGAUCUCGUCGUCGGUCGCGAUGAAGAAGUUGAGAACCUGACCAAAAUAAUCGAGCCCGCCCUGAAGAGUAAAAAACCGGAAAGUCUCUACAUAUCUGGCGCCCCCGGCACUGGGAAGACCGUGACGAUUUCCCACAUUUUGAACAAGCUCUCCCCCAAGUAUAAAUUCCGAUCGGUGUUCAUCAAUUGCAUGACCGUGUCCGGCGUCACUUCCAUCUACGCGAAAAUCUUGGACGGCCUUUCGGUUGCGGGAACAGGACUAGAGUCGUUACAGAAUGCGGUCAAGAAGUUCUCUUGCGUGAUCGUCUUGGAUGAAGUCGACCAGCUGAGGACGAGUAACCAACAGGUUCUCUAUUCUCUCUUCGAGUUGGCGAAACUCAAGAGCUCUAAAGUCAUUCUGGUCGGCAUCGCCAACUCGUUGGAUCUCACCGACAAAAUGGUUCCGUUACUUCAGUCGUACGGAUACCGACCGCAGCUUUAUCACUUUGCCCCGUACAACAUCAAACAGAUCACGAAAAUUCUCGAGUCGCGACUCACGAACUGCGGCGAGGUCAUCAAACCCAGUGCUCUAUUGUUCCUCGCGAAGAAAAUCGCAAAUUGCACAGGUGACGCCCGCAAAGCGCUCGACAUCUGUCGGAGUGCGGUCGAGAACGUAGAGCGGCAGGUUCGCAAGCAGAGGAUUCUUGCGGUCCGGAACGAAAUCGCAAAAGAUGGGGCGAAACCCAUCGUUGUCGACAUCAGUCAUAUAAACCAAGUGAUAUCCGACGUUUUCGGUACUCGAGCUCGUGAAAACCAGGACUUGAAUGCGACGUUGCCAUUGCAGCAGAAGCUCUUUUUGUGCUCGAUUCUGGUGAGCAUGCGACAGAAGAACCUCAAGGAAGCGACCAUGGGACAACUGCAUGAGGUUUACUCGCGCGUGUGUCGAAUAGCGAAAGUUCCGGUCAUAGAGUACAGCGAGUUCCAGUCACUUUGUUCAUUGCUAGAGUCUAGAGCCUUAGUUUCAGUCAAGAAAGCCAAAGACAGUCGGAAGUCGAAAGUGAGUCUGGCGAUAGACGGCGAAGAAGUGGAGCAAGUACUCCAAGACAAAAGCUUGUUGGCAACGUGCAUGGCCGACACUGCGUAGCCUUCGAGAAAAUAGUUAUCAUUGAAUAGUUUCGAAAAAUCAGCUUUCAACCGAAAGAUCUUCAUUUCCCCAUCCUUGGUUUCCGCAACGGGUAUUGUAAGUAUAGCGUAAUUGGGCGGAACAGCUCACGACGAAUGAAUCAUCUUGUGAGAAGUAGUGUUUGAUGUAGACUUCACGUCUUCAUCUGAACUGGGAGAAAUUGGUGAAUCCUCCAAUUUCCACCCUAAAUCGAUAAUUUGUUUGAGUGCUUUUGCUUGUGCACAUGAAUGAAAUAAAAACGCGUGUGAAUACAAUCAA